CAACAGCAUAUAUAUGCUUAUGCUUACGUUCAUUCUCUCAAAGUCAUAUGUUUUACUGUUUCGCAUACAAUUUGCCAUUUGUUAUUGUGAUGGCGCUACAUACAAUCGAAUACAUUUCAGCAAUUCAGUUCAAGUUCAACAUAACCUCUUUGUUUGUUCUAUCUGUUUUGUGUAUCUGUCAAGUUUUCAAAAUACGCGGGAAGAGCGCUGUUUACUUUAUUAAAGUCAUCGAUCAACAUUUUGUUUGUGGUGUCUUUUUUUACUGUCAUUAUUUUCAUCUUUCGAUAAAUCAAUGAGUAAAACACAAAUGGAUUUGGCGGUGAAAUUUUUAAAACAUCGCUUAAAAUCCGAUCGCACGACAUUCAUUGGAAAUGAAUCCGAAUAUCGACACAUCAACGAUUUAAUAACACGCACAUCGGAAUGUGGCGAAUCAAAUUCGGCGCUAAUCAUUGGCACAGCAGGCAGUGGCAAAUCAACGAUGAUUAUGUCGAUUUUGUCAAAAUUACUCACCAAAGAUUCGUUCCGUGCAAACACGAUGGUUGUCAAUCUCAAUGGAUAUAUUCAUAUUGACGAUGCGGCCGCACUAAAAUCCAUCACAAAACAAAUGAAACUCGAAACAGCUGUCAAUGGCAAAGUGUUCACAACGUUCGCCGAUAAUUUGGCAUUUUUAUUGGAUUGUUUGAAAUCCGGUGAUCGUAGCUCGUCAAAAAGUGUCAUUUUCAUUUUGGAAGAAUUUGAUUUAUUUUGUGCGCACGGUAAUCAAACGUUGAUUUACAAUUUAUUCGAUGUGGCACAAUCGGCACAGGCACCGAUUUGUGUUAUUGGACUAACUCGACGCCAAGAUGUUAUUGAAUUGCUUGAGAAGCGUGUCAAAUCACGAUUUUCACAUCGUCAAAUUUUCCUAUUCAAUGAAAUCUGUGAUGUUGAUGAGAAAAUUGAAGCAUUUUUGGACUUAUUGAAAUUGCCAGAUUUUAAGAAAUUCGAUAACACCGAAUAUAGAACUACCAAAAAAUACUCAAAACAAUCCGAAAUUAUGUUGCUGCGACACGAUUUCGAUGUAAAUGAUUAUGCGAACCAAUUCAAAAAGGAUUUCAUCACAAAAUGGAACAAAGAAAUUAACGGAUUGCGUACGAAAAAAGAGGUGGCCACCGAUCUGGAAGCAUUAUUUGAUCACAAUGCUACUUUGGCCGUUCAAAAGACACUAUUAUUUCGUAUACUUUCAUCGAUUGACGAUCUGAAUGAUGAGAAAUGUACAACAACCACAUCUAAAAUGGUCACAUUAUUGCAUCGCAUCAUUGUCGACGAUUAUUUGAACAACAAUAGCAAAGUGCAUAUAAUGCGAGAUUUAUCGAUUUUGGAAUUGUCACUAAUGAUCGCAAUCAAACAUCACAAUGACAUUUAUGACGGUGAUCCAUUCAAUUUUGAAAUUAUUUUAACACGUUUGCAUAAAUUCCAAAGUUCGGGCGAUUUUAUCACAGGGCCAACUGAUCGUGCCGUCGUUCUCAAAGCAUUUGAUGUGCUCAGGUACUUGGGUUUGAUUGUACCGUUUGGAAAUAGUUCAAAAGAAUUGAAAGAAUUCCAAAUGCAUCGAGUUCAAAUAUCCAAUGCAAAUAUUGACAAGGCUGUCGCAAACUAUAAACAUCUCCCCACACGUAUUAUGCAAUGGGCCAGCAGUUCACAGGCUUAAAUUCAUUUAAUCAUUCUUAAGUUAUUCACAUCAAACGUUUUAAGUUUUAUUUUUUUCACAUUUCAAAAUGCAUGUCAUUUCAUAAUUUAAAAUUGAAAAUAAAGAGACCAUUAUCAAUA